AUGUUGGAUCUGGUGAAGCUAUGUUUUGCACCUUGCUGUGCUUGCUUCCAGAGUCCAGUUGUACGUGAGGACAUGAGCUAUGUGUUUUGCACCAAAGAGAAACUUGUUAGAUUAGAAAGUGCCAUGACAGAUCUAAGAGCCAAGAAGGAUGAUAUUGAGAGAGAGCUUAAUCUCCCUCAACACAGAGGAAAACAACCCACUAAUGAACUUCAACGCCGGGUUCAUAAGGUUGGAGAAGCAGAUGAGAUGAUAACACAAUUGGUGGAUGAAUAUAGCAAAAGUUGUGUUACAGGCCCUUGUUGUCUGAAUUGUAUUUCAAGGUAUAGCAUUAGCAGGAGAGCAAUCAAUUUAUUAGAUGAAAUAAAUCGGUUGAAAGGAGAACAAUCAAAAGUCUCAUUUAUAGAACAAUCGCCUCCUAAACCAGUCCAUGAAUCAUCUAAAAUAGUGGGGGAAAAAAUCUUCUCCAACCUUAAUGUUGCUUGCAGUUACCUGGCAGAGGAAACAAACGAUAUAAUUGGCAUAUGGGGCAUGGGGGGUAUAGGCAAGACCACACUAUUGAAAAAAAUCAACCAACGAUUGUUAGAUGAUGCAGACAUGGGAUUUGAUCAUGUACUAUUUAUCGAAGCUUCACAAAAUACUCGGUUGGAAGAACUUCAGAAAGAGAUUGCUAAAAAUUUGCAUUUGCCCCCUUCUGCUGGUCAACAAGACAUCUUCAAUGCCCUGAAAACUAAGAACAUUGUAUUGCUCUUGGAUAAUAUAUGGGAGCCAGUAGACCUUGUUGGUCUUGGAAUUAUCAAUCCUUAUAGGGACGAUAAUGAUUCCACCAAACCAUACAAAUAUAAAGUAAUUUUGACUACUCGAUCAGAAAAUGUGUGUGCCCAAAUGAGAGUGAGCAAAAAGAUUAAAGUGGAUUGCUUGGAACCAGAUGAAGCAUGGGCUCUUUUCUGGCACAACGUUAAUCUACUAGUUUUUGAUUCAGAUGAAAAGUUCAAGAAAAUAGCAAGGCAAGUGAUGAACAAGUGUGGUGGUUUGCCACUUGCUCUGCAAGUGGUCGGUAAGGCCAUGUCUAACAAAAAUACUGUCCAAGAGUGGGAAGAUAUUUUGAGCUCACUAAAGAAUUCAGGUACUGAAGUAGUUCAAGGUGUGCAGGAAUCAUUACUUCCGAUUUUGAAAUUCAGUUAUGAUAAUCUACCUAGAAAUAUUCAGGAGUGUUUCUUGUGUGCUUCCAUUCUGCGAUGGUUAUCUAAAGAUGAUUUGUUAAAAUUAUGGAUGGGUUUAGGCCUGAUCGGUGAUUUUGUCAAUUUACAACAAGCUUAUGGCAAAGCAAGGCUUAUCUUUAAGAAGCUAGAGGAAUCAUGUUUAUUGUAUUCUUCUGAUGAUGAUUUUGUGAGCUUACAUGAUGAUCAAGUAAUGCAAAGAAUUGGAGAUUUGCAGAUCGAGUGA